UUUGUUUUCUUUAGAACGUUAAAUUGAUAUUGUGUUCAAUUUUGUGAUCGUUCAAAAAUAAUUCUACAGAGCAAAUCACAUCGCUCUAAUAUUGCGCUCUUUCCCUUUUUUUGCAGCAAUUGCAGCUAUCUGAACAUAAUAUAAAACUUGCCAAAACAAACUGGACUCUCACAACAAAGCGAGCGAAUAUUCGCCCGUGUGUUAUCUCGUGUUGAGUGAAUGUAAACUGAAGUGGAUAGGGGGCUGGCGAUUUAAAUGCUCUUUUGUUAAAUUUAUGUAUCAUGUUACUUAAUUUGGGAAUAUUUGUAGUGUGGGCAGUGUAUGCACUGUCUUCUAGCUGGGUUUCAGCCACCUCCGAAGCCAGUGAUGCAGGGCUCAAUUCCAGCACCCUCUGCCCCAGUACAUCUAGCUGUACCUGCCAGUCCAGCAUCAUUCAGUGCUCUGGGCUCUCUUCCCUGGACCUCCUCCCACCAUCCUCUCUGACCGAGCAGCUGGUUGUGCUGGACAGCCAGCUGCCGCUGCUGAAUGUCACCCGGCUGCAGCACCUACCACAGCUUCGUCAUCUGGAGCUCACCAACUGCAGCAUUGGGGGCAUCGUUGGCACAUGGUGGAACCCACACCUGCAGGACAUCAAUCUUGCCAGCAACAAUUUUACCACGUUCAGCCUCAACUCGCUGGAUGGGCUGCUGGGCCUACGCACUCUCAACCUCUCCGCAAACCCUCUGCAGAGUGUCCUGCCCCAUCCUCCAGUCGAAGCACGUCUCCAGACCCUGGACCUCACUGGCCGACACUGGAACUGCACAGAGCACGCCAUGACAUGGCUGGCGGCCUGGCUGCAGCGGUCGCCGCCGCGCCUCCUGGCUGGGGAGAGUGAGACACUGUGUGAGGAGACAAGGAAGCAGUACCGCACCAUGGACGGACGCAGACUGGUGGACGUGCUGCGACUGACCCAGACAAUGCUGGACCAGUGUCCGUCGGCGCCGCCGUUCGGCUGCUCCUGCGAUCUGAUUCAGGUGGACGUCGCUCCGGCCACCCCCGCCGCCGCGGCCUCGGCUGAAAGCGAGGGUGGCGGUGAGGGGCCGCUGAUAGCGGUCAUCGUGGAGGUCUACUGCGACAACCGGGGGCUGACCGAGUUCCCGCCGUGGCUGCCGGAGAACACGACCACGCUCUACAUCAGGAACAACAGUCUGACCGAUUUUGGGCCGGUGAUCGGUAACCACUCGGGCUACCAGGCGCUGACGGCGCUGUUCCUGGACGGUAACCUUCUGGAAGCGGAGGACGCUAACCGUCUGGAGGGCUCCGACUUCAUUCACCGGUUUUCCAUUCUCAGUCUGUCCAGGAAUAAACUGCAAACGCUGCCGCUGUACGCCUUCGACAACGCCUUCCAGAAGCGCUCCUUCAACGUGGACUCGCUGUUCCUGGGCGGCAACCCGUGGCUGUGUGACUGUGACAGCGCCUUCACCUUCUCAUUCCGGACGUGGCUGGCCUCUCAGCACAAGCUGAUCCGCGACCGGGCCGAGAUCCGCUGCGGCGCCGGCGCUCUCUCCACGGGUCCUCCCGCCGGGCCGCCGCUACUCACUCUCUCCCGACGAAAACUAUGCGGGGGCCCGCAGAUCAGUUGGUGGGACGUGGCCAUCGGUCUGCUGGCUACGGCAGUGAUUGUGCUGAUGCUCAAGUUUGCCUAUGAUGUGACCGUGUACAGGAGGACCGGUGAGCUGCCACUGGUGGUUAGGAAACUGCCCUGGUAGGGAGGGGGAGGGGGGGAAAAGGGAGAAAGAGGGGAGAUGAUGGGAAAGUGGGGAGAGAUAAGAAGGAAGGAAGGGAAGCGGGUAGAGAGGAUGAAGUGAGUGAGGGGAAUGAUUGAUGGAGGAAUAAAAGAAGAAUUGAGGUUAGAAAGUUAAGGAAAGUAAAACGUUUAGAAGGGAACAUGGGAAAUGUUCGGUAAAAUAUGAAGAAUAGGAGGGGAGGGAAAGGAAGGGUUGUGUACAGGUUAGCAAGAACGAAGAGGGUAGUAGAACGACGUACGGCGAAAAAUUUGAAGUGGCUGUGCUGAAUCAUUAUUGGCGUGUAUGACCGGUAUGCUGGUCAUGGCAAGUGCUGCUUCGAUGUUUUAACGUCAUAUGAGAAUAUCUAUAAGUUACGGUAGUAGGGAAAAUAUUGGAAGGGAGAUGCGAGUUGGGGAACAGAAAGCUUCCAAGUUCCAUUGUUGGUCGAAGUGUUCAUGGGACAUACUAUUUAGUAACUGGAGGUAAAGGGCUUGAGACAAGCUAGUGCUGCUGUCAAUGCCAUGCCUAGCGUAUUACACACAUGUGACUUACUGUAUAAGGUGCGGCAACUGAUGUGAGCGGGCCAUUCUGGCCGGGCUGUAGGCCCGAUUAUUUGUGCUCGAUGUCUCGACUGUCUUGUCGAGAACUGACAAUAUUUUUAACAGAUGAUCUUUAUAGAGAUAGUGCAUAUGGUGAAGUAGUUUAUCCUGGGGAACGAUGAUAAUCAUCGGUUAUCAUUGGCCGGCGCCUAGCAUGUGUAGUUAUAAGAAUCAUUUCAAAGUGUGAUAGCGGUGCCAUUUAUGUUUUAUUUCGAGAUCUUCCCUCAGUCCGAGAGGCUUUCAUCCUGUGAGAUGUUACACGGCUGGGUAAAUUUUAUGGACAUUUUGUAAACUAAUUGCUAACCGAGCAGGACCUAACAGAAGUUGUAUGUGUUUGAGUUAAGUACAUAACUAUGUUUUCGACCGGGCAUGGCGAUAAUCGUAGUUGUUUAUUUUUACACUCGCAAACAAGUUAGUAUUAAGACGAUAAACAUGACGUGGGUUCGUUGUGAUGAGCACUAAACAGUAUAAAUGGGACCUAAAUGUGAAGGAUCACUGUGAAAUGUACUUUAUGUGAAUGUACUGAAAUGAGUAUAAGCUGAAUCGUGUGGGAAACAUGCAUAUCUUCCUGGCCCUGCCAUUACCUUUCCAGUCAAUGCUGUGUCAGGGAACGUUUUCUACUCUUGUUCUACGCUAGAAUUAUGCCUUUAGCAACUAACUAUUUCCAGUUGGCCAUUGAGCUUACAUCAGCUCCCUUGUAUUUUGAUACUGCCUGUAAGCCUUUUCUAACACAAACUAAAGUAUGGUGUGAGAGAAAGUAUCAUGUUGUGUGCAGCCAUAAUCACAAACGUAGGCCACUUCUAAUUGUAAACCGCCUGGCUCAUUAACAGUGUUUAGGUAAUUACGUUACAAAUAAUCGCCGUCGUUUUGUGUAUAGCGUUAAGUUCGCAUUCUAACGGAAUGAUAAUGUAACCGCCUAUAACUGCUAGGGUAGCAGUGCUACCAUCGAUUUAGUUAUCACUGAUAAACUUGGGUUGUAUCAUGUGUGCGUAAAACACAUCCUUAUAACACUGUAGUUGCCAUGACAUGACCGAAAACUAUAAUUCAUCCGUAGAAAAUGAAGUGUUUACCUCGUGUUGUGACUUGAUAAACGUUUUAUCGGAGGAGUGAGUGUAAGAUAACUAUUUUGAUACUACCUGGGUUUAUCUCAUUUACAAACUGGCUUGUGUCUGCAUGGUUUAUCGUACGUGCAAUCUUAGACAGCUGUGGAGCAUGUGUAUUUUUGUAUAUUUUGAGUUAUAAUGGCUUCGUAACUUGUCAACGUGAUUGUACCGACAAUAUAGCGUGUUGCUGAAUGAG